GAAAAUUCAAUCAAAAACAAAUCUUCAACUUCAACUCCAAUUUUUUGUUAUUUCUGAUAUUCAUAUACCGUGGAGUACUUCUCUCUUUAAUACGAACUCCAACGAAUUCAAUUUAGACACAAAUUCAAUCAUUUCGAUACCCAGAUUCCACAUUCCAAAACUUCAAUAUGUUUUCCAACAACUGGCGUGUUAAGCAAGAUCCUCCUCAAAGUCCAAAUGGCGAGGAGAGAGUUUCUCCUUGGUCUUCUUCAAGAAAUCGUGGAGGUGGACAAACUGGUGGUAGAGAUGGUGGCGAUCGACCAAAUCAGGGCCAGGGGAGAUUUUCUCGAAACGAGGCAGGUGACUCGCCAAGAAAAUCUUCACAACUCACAGAGUCGGACAAGGCCAUUGAAGAAGGUCGACGCAUCUACGUUGGCAAUCUAAGUUAUGAUACCACCGCUGAGGAUAUUGAAACCAUUUUUCAGGAUGUCCCACGUGAAUCUCGAACUGUCCAUAUGUCCGUCGAUUCCAUGACGAAGCGCAACCCCGGUUACUGCUUCGUUACUUUCACCACCAAGGAUAUGGCUGAUGAAGCUUUGAAUCGUUAUGACGGUCAAGAGUUCAAGAGUCGUGCACUCAGAGUAAAGCCUGGUGUAAGAUCAGACCGUGAGUGAAUCUACAAGAAUUAGAACUUAUCUGUCAUUAGAUUCAUGCGGCAGGUCGGUAAAACUCCCACUGACAAAAUGCAGGCAGCGCUCGUCCACAGGCAUCAUCCUCAGAGACUUCUCUCCACACAAAUGACCGUUGGAAGAGCUCCGAGACUUCUCAACCACGUCAAGUAGACACUUCUUCUCAAGAUGGUAAAAGACUUUACGUUGGAGGACUGCCAAGAAUUGAUGAUCAAGAAACAGCAAACCGCAAGAUUCGAGAGAUCUUCGAAGGAUUUGAUGUUGAAGUUGUUAGCAAGUUGAUCUCUCCACACCCUUCAAAGGUUGAGGAAGGUGGUAACCACUAUUACUGUUUCGUUGAUCUUGCCAACAACACCCAGGUGAACGACGCGGUUAAGAUGUUUGAUGGCAAUGAGUGGGGCCUCAAAGUCAGCCGUGCAUCUGGAGGAGUAUCAGGCAAAGUCGUUGAGAAGCAAAGAAUCUAUGUUGGUGGUUUGCCAGAUUUCGGAGAUGAGUCUGCUACCGAGGCAGAGAUCAAAGAGCUCUUUAGCGAGUACAAUGUCAAGUGGGUCAGCAAGCUAUGCUCUCCAAGAGAGCCAAGAGAGGGCAAUAGCCAUUUCUGCUUCGUUGAACUGCAAGAUAGUCAAGAAGCUGAUGGAGCUAUUGUCAAUCUGGAUUGGUCUGAGAAAUGGGGUGGAAAGAUUAGGGUCAAGCCUAGUUUGUCCAGCGCUCAAUCUAAAGGAGAAACUCCAACCAGAGGAUGGCGAGGAAAGAGCGAUAGAGAGUAAUCAUGCUAAUGCUAACCGCAAAGCAUUAAAGAUGGUAUCAUCCGAUUAGAUAUAUCGACCUUGCAUAUCUCGCGCUUCAGUUGUGAUUCGGAUUAGCGAUUUACAUUCAUAAACGAUUGCUAGUGGGACAUUUGAUAUCAUAUUCGCAUCUCUCGGGUAGCACGAUCUGUCAGUGGCUAGAAUACACUAGCAUAAAUUUUAGUUUUAUACUCAGUUGCAGCUGUACUUUGUUAAAUGCAAAUAGGCUAGCAGACGAUACCCACUCUGAAUACAAAUAAAUCAUAUUCAACUUUAUGAUGGCUGAAUUGACCUGACUCACUACUAUUCUGGCUAC